CACAUGCGCUGACUGAAAUGCAUGUGUCCGGGCUUAUAAAAACGCCGGAUGCCCCUCCGACUCCCAUUCACUCAUUCGCCAUUCAUUCAACUCCUCUUGUUCGCAGUGAAGGCAAACAUAGUGGUUUUGUGCAUCAGAGGUGCAUCACAGGGCAUCAUGUGGUUUUAUAUUAUCUGGGCCUCGAUGGUCCUAUGCUUGGGUCCGACUGCCUCUCAGAACUCGGAGCUACCUGUAUGCCAGCAGCCGCCGAUCAAGGAAGGACACAGGGAAUGUUUGGGGUCUUUUCCAAUGUGGACCUACAACCAAGGCGAAAAAAGAUGUGAGGAAUACGUCUACGGAGGGUGUGGUCGUUCGGAGAAUCUUUUCAAAACCAAAGAAGAAUGCCGAAACACGUGUCCACCUGAGGAAGAGAAGGACGUGUGCGACUUACCGCCGAUCAAAAGCCCCAGUGGCAACCGUCCCCAACCAUCCUGCACUGGGUUCUUCCCCAAGUGGACCUUCAACGCUUCUUCCGAAAGCUGUGAAAGAUACAUUUAUGGCGGAUGUGGAAGAACAAAAAAUUUAUUCGACACUGUCGAGGAGUGCCAGGCUACAUGCCAGUCACGCGCACAAUCGCAGCCUGAGGUGGGGAAGACGCCGACAGAGAUAUGCCGAUUGCCGCCGGUAAAAUCGGCUGGAGGAGCAAUCUGCACAGCCUACAUUCCGAUGUGGACGUUCAAUGCCUCUACUGAACAAUGCGAAAAAUACAUCUAUGGCGGUUGCGGCCGGACGGAAAAUUUGUUCGAGACCCAGGAUAUCUGCCAGGCAACUUGUAGCCAAAUUUCACGUCCAGGCACUGGUCAGACUUCAUCCCCGACGAAUCAGAAAGACAGAAACAUUUGCGAACAACCUCCGUUGAAAACAGAGGGGGGUGGAGAUAUUCCUGCAAUUUCCUGCACUGCCUACAUCCCAAAGUGGACGUUCGAUAGCAGCCAGGGAAACUGCGUCCAGUACAUCUAUGGAGGGUGUAGGGGUUCCGAGAACCUCUUUGACACCCAGAAACAAUGCCAGGCCGCCUGCAUGCCAGAUGGUGGGGCGGUGGAGCGGGAGAAGGGGUGCAAGGAGAAGGUUGAUCAUGGAAGAUGCUACGGGUCCUUCCUUAAAUGGGGAUUCAACACUGAAAGGAAUCGUUGCGAGUGGUUCCUCUACGGAGGAUGUGAGGGGAAUGAGAACCGAUUCAGCACACCCGAAGAAUGCUUGAGGGUCUGUGGCGGCGACCAACCUCUCAUUGAUAGAAGCUGUUCCCGAGAUCAGUGUCAGUGGAACUUGUGGGAACAUUACGAGGCACUGGGUUGCAAGCCGAAGUUUACUCAAGGCUCCUGCUGUCCCACUCACUUCGAUUGCCCGGAGAACUCGUUGGGCGGGUUGAAGAACCGAGACAAGUGUUUUUAUGGAGGUCAACUGUACGCGGUGGGUGAGGUUAUCUCCGAGACGACUCGUGAUGAGCCUUGUUGGGUGAACUGUCGAUGCCGGGAGUCGUUCCGGAACCGGGGUCUGGCUGUCAUCGAUUGCGUAAUACCCGAGUGCCCGGAGCUUCUUGGUGGCCCCUCCGAGUCCAGAGAUCCCAACUGCGUCCCCCUCUAUCGCCCGAACUCCUGUUGCGCCUACUCCUACGAUUGCCAGAAUAGGACGGAGUCGAACUACGCAUGUACCUACGAGGGGAAGGGUUACGUGAAAGAGGAGAGGUUUUACUUGGAGGCGGACGGUGGAGUGCGAUGCGAGUGCGGGGACGCAUUCACGGGUCCCGGGAGCCCUGCAUGUCGGAAGCCUCCUUGCGGCUUCCUCGUCCACUAUCAGGAAAAACUGAAGCUUGGUUGUGCUCCUGUCUACCUCGAAGGGGGACGACGAUGCCCCAUCGACUGGGUCUGCCCCGGUGCUCGGGAACAGAGAGAGAGUACGGGCUCGACGGCGACGGUGGAAGUGCCGUCGCCAUCGGGUGAGAUGAGUGAUUCUUACGGUUAUGGUUAUCACUCUCGACCAUCCAUAUCCCGCCCCUCCGCAUCCAAUCCUUCCGCAUCAUAUCAGUUCGCUGCUCUAGAGAGAUGCACGAUGCAGCCGGACCAAGGUCGAUGCGAGACGUACCAGGAGAUGUACUUCUACAAUGCAACGGCAGGGGAGUGUCAGAAGUUCGCUUAUGGAGGAUGCGACGGGAACCCGAACCGUUUCAGCACAGGGGAGGAGUGCGAGGCGGAAUGCUCCCGUUCCAGGGUUCCCCACACUUGCACCCUUCCACAAGAAAUCGGCCCUUGCAAGGCUCGCAAACCAGCCUGGUCUUACGACGAGAAGACGGGGAAAUGCAACUUGUUCUUCUACGGAGGAUGCCAGGGGAAUCAGAACAAUUUCAGAUCGAUGGACGAGUGCAAUCGCGUUUGUGAAUCCUAUCGGUCGAAUAAGCCUGUCACCUCCGGCACCUCAUCUGGCGAUACUGCUCAAGAGAUCCUCGCAAGGGAGACCUGUCGAUUGCCAAUGGUGGUCGGCAGGUGCAAGGGGAGGAAAAUCCGUUACUACUAUGAUGCAACGACGGGGAUGUGUCAGCAAUUCUACUACAGCGGCUGUGACGGAAAUGCCAACAACUUCGAGAACAUCCAAGAAUGCCGCACGGCUUGCAUCCAAGACUCUUCCUCAGAAGUCUUUGUCUCACGUAUGACACCAUUCUCUCAUUCAUCUCCAUUAAGGCGCAGGCGAGUUAUAUUAGUGGGGUGCCGAGGAACUGUCUGAAAGUCUCUGGAAUUUUUGGUAAUGCGAAGUUUCAGAAAGCGGUAACAGGAAAUUCGAAAAUUCCAAGGGAUUUCCAUGGUUCCUAAUCGUAACAGAAAACAAUGCACUUCCGAGAUUUCAUUUUCGCUUUUAAAAAUUGACAUGUGCUUUUGGACUUAGCAUAGGGACUUUGACAUGCUUUGGUUUCUAUUUUUAUUUUCAAAUUUUAAUUAAUUUUUUUUUUCUACAUACCAGAUCUUAUGCAGGCUCAGCUGCAUUUAAAUUCAGGAGCAGAUUGUGGUUAAUUCAGCCAAAUUUUGUUUCAAGAGCACGUUUGGUACGACAGUUUAGGGGGAGAAAGGGUAGACUUUAGAAACAGUUGGUAGAAGUGAGCGAAAAUAAAUGGAAUUAGGGAGUAGGAGAUGCCAGCUGCCUCCGGAGGAGGGUCCAUGCCGGGGGACAUACCGCCGGUUCCAUUUCGACCCAGAAGCGAAGACUUGUCGGGAAUUCAAAUAUGGCGGUUGCCGUGGGAAUGAGAACAACUAUCAUUCUGUUGAGGAAUGCAUGGGGCAUUGCACUGAAGGUCUGUCCUCACCUCCCGACACUAGCUCCCUCCUUCUCCGAGAUGCACCCUCCCAAUCCUUGGUGGCGGAUCACGAACAGCUCAAUCCUGGUAUCACUUUGCAUGCCUUCUUUUUACAUCAUCCUUGCACGCUUAUUAACAUAUAGCAAAACUAUGGUUUGGAACAUCAACCUUUAGUUUCAGCUCUUCAGUUCAAUGCGACAAUGGAGAGCAAAGAUUUUAGAAGAGCUGUGUGCUCCGUUUCGCUUCUGUGCCACUUUCGCAGGGUUUUUUUCCCCCCCUAUCGUGGAAGACACCAAGAAUCUAAUUUUUCCCUCAUUUUCGUUCAUUUAACGUAGGAAAAUUUAGGGAUUCUCCGGAAUUCAUAGUCUCUCGCUUAGGGUUAAGCUUUCAAAAUAUGCAACGCUCUUCCAGAGAAUGCAAAAUUACUACAAUUUUCCUGAAGUUGCCGGUGUUUUUGGAAAGACAUCCUCCAGUAGCUCAUUCUAUUUCUACUGCCGCAAGAUGAUUGGCAUUCUUAUACGUUGAUAAAUUGGGGGAUGACAGAAAUUAGGAGUUACAUGAGUUAGAUUGUAGACGCAAACGUAUAUAUCAAUACUUUGCUGGAUUUAGCUGAUAUAUACUCGCAUAUUGCAGUGUGCGAGCUUGCGAAGGAAGUGGGACCGUGCAAGGGUAGACUGCAACGAUAUUACUUUGACACGGAGACAAGGAAAUGCAUGGAAUUUACUUACGGGGGAUGCAAGGGAAACCCCAAUAAUUUCCCCACUCUCCAAGACUGCCAAAGCACGUGCGACCAGAGCAGGACUGACAAGACGCACGACGAAUCAGGUAUUCCAUCGCUGAUGAAUACGAAAAUCAAAUGAUUAAAUGUUUGACGAAAAAAAGUCAAGAAGACUUUUGACAGAGGAUUCGUUCGUGCCUAGUUUCACUUUUGGGGUGGGGGAAAAAAAGAUUUUUGCAGGGAGGCAAAAGAUUCGGGUCCUUGUUACGGGUUCAUGAGGCGGUAUUUCUACGAUGUGGAGACCGGGAAAUGCAAAGAGUUUGUCUACGGCGGGUGCAAGGGGAAUAGAAACAAUUUCCACAAUCUCCACGACUGCCGUUCUCACUGUGAAAGGACCUCAGAGGACAAGGUCGAGGACGGAUUCAAAGAUCUUGGAAUGCAUUCCAGCGCAGGAAUGUCGUCCUCUUCUCCCUCCUCUCGUGCACGAGGUGACGGAUCCAAAUUGCAUGUCUUUUUCUGCAUUUAUGCGUCUUCAGCUCCCUCUUGACACCUUAGUGCAUAAUGUUAAUAUUUAUACAAAAUCCUUUCCAUUUCGACUAUACAAAAAUCAUUUUGUAUAGUCCUGUAAAAGUAUAACUGAAGAUACAAAGCCUGAUACAUUGUUUUGAGAUUCACAGUUCAUAACGUAACACCCGACGGCUCUUUGUCAUGAUGAACGGAUUGUAGUGCCUUUCUUUCCCAAAUGGUGACGGUCUUAUGUCUACUACUCACGCUUAUCACUUUUUGCACUUUCAACUCGGUCGGUUUCAUUGGCAUGAUAAUUUCGCUCACGUCAAAAUCUGAAAGCCAAGACUAAAACUAGGCAAGGACAAGACAGUUAAAACUGGCUCAGCACUUUCGACCCAUAACGAAAACGCGGAUUGGGCGAGACAAGUUCGUCAUACCUUCCUUACCGAAGUCGAUCCUCUUGUUUCUGCCAUAGGACAGCCCGAUGAUUUUCAAAUAUCUCUUUUCAGUAUAUUCAAAACUUUCUCAACCGUAAGCGUACCUAAAAGGCACACAUUUUUGCGGAGAUGAUCCAAAAUAAACCUCCUUUGUUCAGAUGAUAUUACUUCGUCAAAAAUGCUCUGCAGUACUUUCAGCCUUAGCUCAGCAAUUCUGACCAAUAACAGAAAUUCCAUGAAGGUGAGGCGAGACCAUUAGCGCCUAAUUCUUCCAAAUCGCUUUGAUACUUCGGCUGCAAAAUGAAGGUAGUGAUUCAUUGCAAAAAGAAGAAAAACGAAAACCAGAUCCCCAAUCACGUACUUUCAGAACUCUGAAAAUACGUUACAGUUACGAAGGAACCUUGCUGGACUAUAACCUUGGGAAAGGAAAGAAAUUGCUCAUUUUUACUUUAUGAAAGUGAAUUCAACAAAGAAAUCAGCCAUGAACUUGAGUCUUAAAGGUGGGAUGUUGGGUAUUAUGCUAUUUAUUCUGCUACGACUCUUAUUGUUAGUAAUUUUUUACCUAGUAAUUGAGCCCAACCAAUGCGGGCGUACUACUCAUACGACCAAUUGUUACAUAAAAGGGAUCUCCCUCUCUGGCAAAAGCAAAAAGGCCCAUCUCUCGAAGAGUAUAGCACACCCGCAAAGGCAAUGAUAUUUCUUUCAACGAAUGUGAAGCCAAACGAGCAACAAGAAGCUAUCAUUAACGAAACAAUCCAGCGUCCCCCUAGUGUGAGGGUGUCCUUGAGUAUAAAUGCACAUUAUUAUGUCGAGACAGCGAUGGGAGGAAAGGAGGAAGAACUACGAUGUGAGCUGGGCUCGCAAGUCUUCCAGCUAGGAAAAGUGUUCAAGCCGGGGGAGAAGCCGUGCGUGACGUGCACGUGCUCCACGCCACCAGAUCUGACGUGCGUGCAGCGACGCUGCCCCGACCAACCUCGGGGAUGUCGACGAGAGGCCAUUCGUGGCAGUUGUUGCCACGACAUCAUCUGCCCAACAGAUCAAACGCACAACUCCCUCUGCAAGGAGUGCGGAAACGAGGAAUACUGCAGGAUAACGGAGAAGACGGGAGUGGAAUGCGUGAAAUGUCCCCAGCUGAACUGUCCCAUUGCUUGCACCCUGGCCAAGGACAGCAACGGUUGCAGCAUCUGCCAGUGUGAUGGCUAAUACUUCAUUCUUCAUCUACAAUACCUCCUCGCAUCCCAGACAUUCCACCGGUGAAGGAAGAAAGGAAGAUUCCUUAACUGCAUGCACAUCUGAGCAGGAGACAUUUUUAUAUGAGGCAAUAAAAAAUAUGUAAAGUACUCAUAAAUGCAAGGUCACAUUAUAUGGAUUUUUUGUAAUAGUUUCAAGCCAAAGAAAAUUUAUUUUACUGAUGAAAACAAGGGUGUCAAACUCUCUUUGGCCGGGAAUCGGAUCAGACGAUUUAGGG